ACACAUUUGUGCAAAAUUGGACAUUUCUCAGACUUCAGCUUGCCAAGAAAGCAACAAGUGCAUCCACUCUAAUUCCAAUUUGCAGGGGCAUUACGCACUUUUCUGCAUUUAGGUGCUGGAUUAAGUAUUAUGAAUGUAUCACAAUGUCAGCUAGUGGAUCCCAACUGGUUCCACUGUUAUCAACACAUGACCUUAAACUUGUAUGCGCUCAAUGCUCUGUCAAGGAGAAAGAAAUUACGUAUACGUUAAAAUCAGUCUACCACCAGUGUGCACGCGAUCUCCUGCUCUGCAAGGCCAAGGGUGGCAGCAAAUGGAGGCCUGUUUCUAAGCGGCCCACGUUUCCAAAUCCGAACCAGUAUGAGGUAUGCUACUUCUUUGUGGAGGGCUCUGGUUGCACGCACCACAAGAACCGGUGCACCUUUGCCAGAAGUAGUGAGGAAGCUGCCGUGUGGACAUUUGAAAAGCAUCAGAGAUUGGACCAUGUGCUUCUCUGUCAUCUCAUAGCUCAGUCUGAGAGAGGAUCUGAUCAGCCUGAGAACCCCGAAUGUCUGGGUGACAUCAUAGCAACUCUAGAUCUGAAGGCUGUGUGUGAGCUGUGCUCUGUCAAGGAGAAGGAAAUAACAUACACAGUUCAGUCAGUUAGUCACAAGUGCAGCCGAAAUCUGCUUUUAGCCAAAGCCAAAACGUGUAACCAAUGGAGGCCUGUCUCUGAGCGGCCUGCAUUUGGUCGAACGGUUCUUUACCAAAAGUGUGCCUUCUUUGAUGAGGACUCUAGAUGUACGCGACACGGACAGGGAUGCACUUAUGCCAGAAGCAGUGAAGAGGCCACUGUGUGGAACUAUGUUAGAGACAAAAACAUUGACAAAGACAAAUUAAUCAGACUUGUAAUUGAAUCUGAGCCUACUGAAAUAACACCAGAAAGCUCAGCUGAAAGCAUCCUUCAACAGUUUUCAGGCGAAUUCAUUGAGUUGUGUAAACACUGCUUUCAUGAACGUCCACAAAAACUGACUACCAAAAGGUGGAAUGAAACUUGCUCAGCAGAUGCAGCGCACACCUGGGAUCCAGUCUUAGUUUAUCACCUCUCAGAGAAUAGUGGAAAGCAGAUCUACAGCCAGGUGCGCCCUCUUCCCCAAAAAUGUCAGUUUAAUUACUGCAGUCACGUCAAGCAAGGCAAGUCCUGCUGGCAUGAGGCCGGCCACUGCCAGUCUGCCCAGAGUGAGGUGGAGAUGGCCGUGUGGAAGGCAGAGCACAGUGGCCUGUCUGUUCGGCUUCAUCUCCUUCAGUUGAGCCGGCAGAAGAAGACGGAGACCAGACGGGUCACCAUGUACUGCAAAGUUUGCCUCCUGGCCCUGUCCUCCCCAGAGAGCUUCUACAAGCACUGCUCUUCCUUGGAGCACGCCCAGUUACUCUCCGAGGACACUACCACCAAGUGGAGAGGACGACAGCCUCCACACAAUAUCCGAGCUGAGUUUUGGCUGUGUGAGAGACCAAAAACAUGUGAGUACGGCAACAAGUGCCCAAAAGCUCAUUCUGUGGAGGAACUGAAGGAGUGGAUGAUGCGUGCUGAGGAGGAGAAGGAGAUCCGACAAAACAUUGAAGCACAGGGUCUCAUGAGCUAUAAUGAAAGACUCCUGGAGGAAUACAAAAACAGCAGUAAUGAAGUGUACAUUAUCUCAGAACAAGUUGACGAUGUCAGUAUCUCUUGUGAUGAAGAAUUAACUCUGGAAUGUGAAAAGAUUAAUUCAACACUGCAAUGGAACUUCCAUGUUGAAACAGAGAGACAGCUUGUGCAUGUGGCACUGUUGAAGCAAGAGCCAGGAGCUUCAUUCACCCUUGGUGACAUCAGUCCUGUGCCCUGUAUCUACUCUUCAGGUGAACACUUUCUAAGUGAUGACGCGACGUAUGGCAUCACUGUGUCUUUUACAGCCAUCAACCCAGGCCUGUAUGACCAGUGGUUAGUGCUAGAUUUUGACAUGAGACCAGUGCUCUUGAGGAAACUCAGAGUAAGAGUAGGCCAGCUGCCUUUCGAUGACACUGAAGACCAAACUGUGAACCGUCGAGCCACCUUUCAAAGUGUUGAGCGUUGGCAUCGAGGGAACAGGAUUAUCAUUCCAUGUACAUCUAGGAAAGAGGAACAGGAGGAGCUGUUAAAGGAGUACAAGCCUCCUCAGAUAAGCUUUUUGUACAAAUCAUCAACAGCCAAAAGCCAAAUACCUCUCAAUAAUGACAACUACAAAGAAAGAAUGCAUCACUUCCUGUACAAUGAAGAACGGGCAGAGGACCAGGUUGUUUCAAGACUAAAUGUUUGUGGAGAAAUUACAACACUGGAUACACUGGACAAUGAUCAGUUUCCAAUGAUGAUGGCUCCUUGGGGUCAACUGUUCUGUACUGUCUCAAUUCCUUGUAAUCUCACACCAGACACACCUGAGGGACAGGUGCUAAAACGAAGCAUCCAGUCUGGCCUGAUAGCCCCUUUAUCUUCAGGUGGUCAAAACUCCAAAGUCUAUGAAGCCAUCAUUCUGCAAGGCCAAACAAGUGAGAACAAAAUGUAUUUGCAACUGUCCAAAAAAUGUUGCUCCGAUCUUACAAUCAAAAGCAAUGAAUCGUAUCAAAUGGAGGUGCAGUUUCAGCUGGACCGCAACAGCUUCUGCACCAUGCACAAGGCUGUAGAUCUUCUUCCUGAUACAAAAAGAGUGCUACCAGACUUUAAAAGCUGUGGAGUUCCUGUGAAUAACAUCCGCUAUGAGAAGCUCAAUACAAAGCAGCAGUCAGCAAUUUACUUUAUCACAGGUACCUCCACUGUUCAAAAGUGUGUAGCACCACUCCUCAUUUAUGGACCAUUUGGAACUGGGAAAACAUUUACCCUUGCUACAGCAGCCAGAGAGCUUUGUAAGCAGCCCAACAACAAAGUGCUGAUUUGCACCCACACCAACAGUUCUGCAGAUCUGUACGUCAGAGAUCACUUCCAUCCAUUCAUCGACAAGAAAAAUGAGGAAAUUAGGCCUAUUCGAAUAAAAGCAAACGGCAAAAAGGCUUUGUAUGCCACAGAUGAGAUUACUUUGAAAUACUGUUUUUUUUCGGAAGAUGGACAGAAUUUUCUACCACCUACAAAAGCUGCCUUAGAUUGCCACAAAAUAGUCAUAACCACCACAACAAUGGCAAGACAUUUUCAAGACCUAAAGCUCCCAGAGGGAUACUUCACCCACAUACUAAUUGAUGAAGCCUCUCAGAUGCUCGAAUGUGAAGCCUUGAUUGCCCUUGGCCUUGCUGGGCCAAACACCAGAGUGGUUUUGGCUGGAGACCAUAUGCAAAUGGGACCCAAACUUUUCUCAGUUGAUGAUCAUCACCGUUCAAAUCACACACUCCUUAAUCGCUUGUUCCACUACUACCAAGAUCACAAUUGUGAAGCUGCCCAGAACAGUAGAAUCAUAUUCAGUGAAAACUACCGCUCAACCAAAGAAAUCGUGGAGUUUGUCUCCACCAAUUUCUACGUUGGUAAGAAUGAUGUUAUCAAAGCUACUGGAAAUAUUCCAGCUCCCGCAAAUGGCCGUGCCCUGAAGUUUCACCAUGUUAGGGGAGAGUGCCUCUUGGACACAGUGUCUAUGUCUUGGUAUAACAAAGAAGAGGUUGCAAAAGUGGUUGAAGAAGUGCAAGAGAUUCUCAAACACUGGCCAUCGACCUGGGGGACCAUAGACCAAAGCUCAAUCUGCAUUCUAUCAGAGGGAUUUCAGGUUCGGCAGAUUAGGGCAGUGCUUUUGAGAAGAAGCCUUGCUAAAGUCCAUGUUGAGAAUUUAGCAAAUGUGCAAGGCAAACAGUUCAGGGCAGUCAUAAUGACAGCUGUGCAAACACGUGACAGCCUAAAAACAUCUCACCUGCCUGGUCUGGAGCUGUUCAAUGAUGCCCGUGUGUUAAACACUGCAAUGACUAGAGCUCAGUCCCUUGUGGUUGUGGUUGGAGAUGCUGCUGCCCUCUGUUGUUUUGGGAAAUGCUCAAGAGUCUGGAAGAGCUAUGUGGACCAUUGCAUCUGCAAAAACAGUGUUGCGCCACAGCAUUUUACCAAAGACUUAUUUGAAAAGGACAUCAUGGAAACGGCAAGGUUUCAAAAGUCUGAACAUGUGGAUAAGAGCAAAACUCACAGUGAUGCAAUUCUUCAAGAGUUGAAAGAUGAACAUGAACAGCAGAAAACAGAAUAUAGUUCAGAUGAAGACAGUUCAGACAUCAAUCACCUCAAGUUAAGAUCUUCACACACAACCACAGAUGUUGACACAGACUAUUUGGAGUUAUGUAAAAAACAACCAGAGAUAUACAAGCAAGGAAAGUUGAUCAGGGAGUCAUAUAACAGAGGUUAUGUCAUACCAUUUCAAAAUCCCAUUAAUCGAAUAAGCAUUAAUGGAAGGGCAAACCUGAAUACAGUCUUCACUGGAGACGAAGUGGUUGUACAGACAACAAGGGUGGUCGGCAUCACCAAGGAAGAGGAAUCAGCACGUGUACUUGUGUGCCUGCUUGAGGAUGAGGAUAACAGCAAACCAAGACAGAAUUCUGAAGAAGAAUUUGUCACAAGGAUGAUGAUGCCCAUUACAAAAUCUGCACCUAAAGUACGCAUACGGAUCAGCAGGAAAAGACGUAACUUCCUUCCAAUAUGGGAAAACAUUAAUGGAUGGUGGACAAUUGCAUCCUGUGUUUAUCUCGAUGAAAAGCUGAGACAGAACAAUGUAUUUGUGGUGCAGGUAAUUUGCUGGAAAAGAGGGUAUGCUUUUCCAUUGGGGAAAGUCAUAGAUAUUCUUCCAGUCGGAAAAUCUUUGAAUGAUGCACUAUGGAUCCUGAAUGAAGAAUUUAAAGUUUUACCCACUCCAUAUACAUCAGACGAGGGUUUCUCCUGGGUAGAUGAAGACAGGACAUACAGACAGGACAUACGUGAGGUAAUUACUUUCACAGUUGACCCGAAAGGAGCAAAAGACUUGGAUGACGCUAUCAGUGUCAGGGACAUUGGAGACCAAUAUGAAUUGGGAGUCCAUAUUGCAGAUGUAGCAAGCUUUGUGAGUCCAGGUAGUAAACUAGAUGAGGACGCAAAACAACGUGGCACUACAUAUUACUGCGGUGGGGAAAAACCCACAGCAGUAUAUCAUAUGUUCCCCCAAGGCUUUAGCACUGGACACUUUAGUCUUCUGUCAGGUCAAGAUCGCAGGGUGGUUUCAUUAAUGUUCAGAGUAAACAAGAAAACAAAUGAGAUCAUUGGAAAGCCCGAAUUCCAGCUGUCACUGAUCAAUUCUAAUGAGAACUUAUCUUAUGAAGAGGCAGAGGAUAUAAUCUCCAAAAAUUAUGGGAUGAUACAGAUAUUUGACACAGUAAAUGACUGUGUCACAGUGGCUUAUUGUUUUGCAAAAGCUCAAAGGAAGAUGAGACUUGGCCAUGACUGGGUUUAUUCUCAACCUGAUGAUCAGAGAUUGCCCGGAGAGCGCAAAGCCCAUCUCAUGAUAGAAGAGCUAAGUGUGUUAUUCAAUGCACAUGCAUCUGAGACUUUGAUUGGUUCAGAAAAAACCAGGUCUUACACACCUCUUCGCUGCCAGGCAAACCCAGAUCCUGAAAAGAUAGAGGAGUUAAGAAAGACAAAAUGUGCUGAAUUAAUACCACUGUCUUUUUAUGUGCGGCACAAAGUUGACCAUGUGGAACAAGUACCAAACCAUGAAAACUUCCGCAUCCUCACAAAAGUAUGGAAAGAAAUCCAGUCAGCGGCCAAAAAAGGUGAUAUAGACAAAAUGGUGGACCUGAUUGCUGCAGAUGACAUCCACCCUCUGCUUCAGCCAGUCGUUCAGCAGUUCAGAAGAUGUUUCAGUAAAGCCUAUGUCAUCCGUUCCAACUCCUCUCCGAAAGCAGGGGUUGGGCAUUAUUCUCUGAGCGUAAGAUCUUACACCCAAGCAUCCUCACCGAUACGGCGGUACAUGGACAUCGUCGUGCAGAGACUUUUGCACUCCAUCAUUUGUCACAGGAAUGUCCAAUACACUCGAACUGAGAUUUCAACUCUGUGCAGUCAAUUUGAUCUCUAUAUCAAGAAUGCCAAGGAGUAUGAACAAAAGGCUGAGCAGAUCUCCUACGCAGUGAGCAUGAAAAAACACAGUGCUUCAAAGUUGGCCUUUGUUGUGAGUACAGAACCCAACAAAGAUAGUUUUGCGGUCUCAUUUCCUUUUAACAAGAACAUAUUUGCAGAGCGUUUAGCAAUUAUGUACAAAGAUUUACAAUUGUGGGACCAACCAUUGUAUGAUGAAGAAAAACACUGCAUCACUCUUACAUGGAAAAGGCGGAUCUAUGCAGUUGACACCAUGCAAAUCUACCAAGAGUUGAACAUGCCAGACUGUGAUCCCUGUGUUGAGCUUCCACUGAAAAUAUGGAAAGCCACUGUUGAAGCAAUUGACGAAGAAAACUGGGAUCAUGCAAAGCUUCUCAUAAUGGACGUUAACACAGAGGUUGAAAAAGAAUAUAUUCUGCCACAAUCAUCUAAUGAGAUUCCUUAUUCCAAGACUAACACGUGUACCUCUGAGGAGCAAGAGGUUCCAAAGAUACAAAUGGGUCAUGAGGUUGACAUGAGCCUCCAGUUGCAAACAGGUGACAUCCUUCAAGUCCAAAUGACAUCAGAGUUAAAAAGAGGUUAUUACAUGCCUGCUGUUCAGUUGGUGCACAUUAAACCAAAGUUUGAGAUUUGUGUCGAUCAUGUCCACAGCCCUAUCACAUGCUUCUCCAGUUCAGCCGAUGUCCCAUCAAGGAUUCAUUAUAGUGACAUAGAGCAGUAUAAACAGAUCUGGCAACCGUUGUGUGACAUGGAAUCUGCUGCCACUGCAGUUGACGAAAGUGAGAGCAUAGUCAUUGAGAACCUGGUGGUAAACUUCAGUCAAGUACGGGAAGGCAUGCUAACAGGAAGCUUCUUCUUACCUCUGGCAUGGAUCAAUGAAUGGGCCAUUGGAUUUCACCUUUCAAAAUGUUUAUUGUGCAUAAGGAAGAGAGGUUUGAAGUUGACUUCAACCUUGGAACAUUCUGCAUCGGUGGACCCAAGCGAGUACACAUGGGUGGCCCAUGGUGUCACAAGAAAAGAAGAAAGGAAAAACCCUCCAAAUGAAGGAAGUGAAGUGGAAUUCUACAUCAGUCACCUUCCGAUGGAGAUAAUUCCGGAUUGUGUCUUACAGAAAAAAACUUCUUUCACAGUUGAAAUAAUCCCAAAGCUCCUGCCUGACAUCCGGAAAGAACAUGCUGUGCGCAACAUUGGAUCUGCAUGUGAUCUUGUCAAGGCUAUAGCACUUGGACAACGCAUUCCAAAAGAAGUAAAAGCAACAUGGCUGGGAGGAAAGAGGAACGAGCUACCAAAUGUACUGCCAGAGCUUAACCUGAGUCAGCGUCUUGCUGUGGAUAACGCUCUAAAUCAUACCUUCACUCUUAUACAGGGACCACCUGGAACUGGAAAGACAGUAGUGGGUGUGUACAUUGUGUACCAUUUCUUGGAGCUGAACUCUAAGAACCCAAGGAAAUUUCAUGAUCCAAAGGAUGGGAACAAAAAGGAAGUUAUUCUCUACUGCGGCCCAUCCAACAAGUCUGUUGAUGUUGUUGCAGGCUACCUGUUAGGGUUUGAGGACAGUCUAAGACCCCUCAGGGUCUAUAGCCAACAAGUGGAGAUGCUUGAUUACCCUUAUCCAGACUGCACCCUUCAGUUUUCCCGGAGGACUCUCCGCCAAGAAUGUGCCAAACCAGAGCUCAGGGGAAUCACUCUGCAUCACCGCAUGCGACAGGACCAAAACCCUCAUUCAGGUCAAAUAAAAGAUUUUGACCGACGCAUUAAACUUGCCCUGGUGAAAAAAGAAGAGCUCCCAAGCAUUCAUCUUUCAAUUAAGAAAAAUGAAGAGCUGCUACGCAUUCAGCUGACACCUAAGAAAAAAGAAGAGCUGCUACGCAUUCAACUUUCCCUUGACGUAAAAGAAGACCUCCAACAAAUUCAACAUACCCUUGAGGAAAUAGAAGAGCUCCGACGCAUUCAACGUGGUCUUAAGGAAAAAGAAGAGGUCAGACGCAUUCAACUUGACCUUGAGGAAAAAGAAAAGUUCCUACGCAUUCAACUUGGCCUUGAGAGAAAAGAAGACCUUCUACACAUCCCACUCGGCCAUGAGGACAUAGAAGAGCUCCUACGCAUUCAACGUAACCUUAAGGAAAUAUUAGAGCUUCAACGUAUUAAACUUGCCCUUGAGGAAAAAAAAGAGCUCCGAUGCAUUCCACUUGCCCUUAAGGAAAAAGAAGAGCUCCGACACAUUCAACUUGCACCUGUAGUAAAAGAAGAGCUCCAACGCAUUCAACAUGCCCUUAAGGAAAUAGAAGAACUCCGACGCAUUCAACUUGCUCGUAUGGAUAAAGAAGAGGUCAGACGCAUUCAGCUUGCUGUUCAGGAAAAAGAAGAGCUCAUACGCAUUCAACUUUCCAUUAAGGAAAUAAAAGUGCUUAAAUGCCUUAAACUUCACCUUGAGAAAAUAAAAGAGCUGACUGCUGAACAGGUGAAAGAAUACAAAAAACUUCUCACCCUUGCUCGGACAUAUGAGCUUGAACAGCAUGACAUCAUACUGUGCACAUGUACACAGUCUUCCACACCAAGCUUGAUUAAAACAGUCAUCGCACGUCAGAUCCUCAUUGAUGAAUGUGCAAUGGCCACUGAACCACAGGCCUUGAUUCCAUUAGUCAGCAACAAACCAGAAAAGAUUGUUUUGAUCGGUGACCACAAACAGUUACGACCCAUUGUGAAGAAUGCACGUGUGAAGAAGCUGGGGAUGGCCAAGUCUCUAUUUGAACGCUACUAUACAAUGCGUGGGAAAAGGACAGUGAUGCUAGACACCCAGUACAGAAUGCAUGUGAACAUAUGCGAGUUCCCAUCAAAAGAAUCUUAUGAGGGAAAGCUGAAAACUGGGGUGGAGCAGCCGAACAGUGUCCUGCGUGUUGGAGAUAAGACAAUGCCAGUUGUUUUUGGGGACAUCGAAGGAGAGACCAUCAGACUGGUUGUCAACACCGCCAAGGGCAACGAGAAUUCUAAAGCAAACAAGAAAGAGAAAAACAAAGUGAUUGACAUUGCUGAUAAGCUGGUGAAAAUUGGCAAAAUCGAACAGCAAAGCAUUGUGAUUCUUUCGCCCUAUAAUGCCCAAGUGUCAGAAAUCAGAGAUGCCCUGAAGGAGAAGAAAAUGGAUGAAAUCCUUGUUACCACAAUCACUAAAAGCCAAGGAAGUGAAUGGCGUUACGUCAUCAUAUCGACAGUCUGCUCUCUGCCAAGUGAAGAGAUUGAGAGUGAACCCAAUGGAGCUUGGCUGGCCAAACAUCUGGGCUUUGUGGGCGAUGCCAAUCAGAUAAAUGUGGCCAUCACCAGGGCCAAGGAGGGACUGUGCAUCAUUGGAAACCAGAAGCUGCUCAGUCGCAGUAAAGCUUGGAAAAAUCUCCUGGACCACUACAGGAGCCAUGAUGCAGUGACAGAUGCAAACAAGAUUUCAGUGUGUGCCAGCUAGCUCGUCUCUGUGUUUUCUAGAGAUUUGAUUUCUACAAGCAGCAGAUUAGAGCCCCCUAUGCUUACACAACAGCAUGACUUCAUGAAAGAUGUAUAUAUUUAUAGCUUUUUUCUAUGGUUUUCCAGUAAGUUUGUGUGCAUUCUUUUUACAUUUUUAUAACAGAUUUUGGACCAACAUUUUAAUUAUUCUCUUUAAUAUGUGUCUGUUAUUAUGAAAUUAUACAAAUUCUAUACCAGCUGUAUCAAGAUUUUUAUUUUUUACAUUUUAAACGUUCAGGUUCAAAGAGUUUUUUGUUUUGUUUUUUUAAUUUUCUCUUUUGUUACCACAAGUUAAAAUAUUGUAUAUAAGAAAAGUACAGUACUGUGUUUUUAAGAGACUUGAUCUCUACAAGCAGUAGAUCAAUGCCCCUGCAUUUACACAACAGCAUGACUUAAUGAAAUAUGUUUUAUUUGUAUGGUUUCACAGUUUGUGUGCAUUUUUUUUACUUUUUUAUAAAAGAUUUUGGACCAACUUUUUAUUGUUCUCUUUAAUAUGUGUCUGUAAUUGUGAAAUUGAACAACUUCUAUAUCUUCUGUAUCUAGAAUUGUAUUAUUUACAUUCUAAACCUUUAGGUUCAAAGAGUUUUUGUUUUUGUUUUUUGUAUUUUUCUUUUUUCUUACCACAAGUUAAAGUACAGUUAAUACUCUUAACUAUGGACAGCUGACAGAAGAGUUCUUAAUGUUUGGAUCUUUUAAUUCAUUUUUAUGGUUCAGUUGAACCACUUCCAGUGAGCCACUGUUCCUGUUUACUGAAUGAGUCAGCAUAUUCUUUAUUGUAGGACAGCUGGACAGUAAGGCUAGUAUGUAGUUUCUUUAUAUUGGACCUCUCAUAUUUUAGUUUUUGAUACUUUUAAAUGUUCAGGGAUCAGCUUUGGCUAUGUGUUAACAUUAUUUGUAUUGUGUGAAAUUGAGAUUGUUUUGCGAUUUACAUUGCAUUUUGUUUCAGAAAAGACAUGUCAUAGCAGAUUAAGCAUGGAUGUGUUUUAAUAGCGAAUGCAUCACAUGAGGCUAAGCCGCUAUAUCCUACACUUUGGAACUGGGUCAUAAGUUAAUAUUCAUCCUUUUACUUAAAAUGUAAUUUCCUUAAAGUUUUUUCUUGUUUUAUCUGGUUGAAAUGUUCUUUUAUGACUUGUGUUUUUUUUUUUUCCCGAAAACACUUUGUACCUUGGAUUUUGAAAAGUGCUCUAUUAAUAAAGAUCAUUAUCAUAACUGUA